AUGCAGAGCUCAACAUUAGUAGAAAGUCUAAUUGCAGUAAAAGUGGCAGCUGAGAACAGUGAGGAGGGCAACAGCUGUAUUGUUUCUCAAAGAAAUUCAAUCAAAGUUUUAUCAGAAGAAGCUUGGGACUCAGGGUUUGUGGGGAACUUGCCUAGAACUGCUGACAAAGAGAAUGCUUUACAAUGUAGUUCGAAAACACCUCUGCGCCAGGAUAUGGAGGUAAAUGAACAAGAUGCGAGGCCAAAGCAAGAGAACCAUCUUCACUCACUAGGAAGAAAUAAAGUGGGUUACCAUUUAUAUCCCAGUGAUAAGGGCCAGUAUGAUCAUUCCAAAGAUGGUUGGUUAACCCCCAGCCCUAUGCCAGCUGUACACAAAGCAUCUAAUGGACACUCACGAACCAAGACAAUGUCAGCCUCCAUCAAGACUGCUAGGAAAAGUAAAAGGGCAUCAGGGUUGAGGAUAAAUGACUAUGAUAACCAAUGUGAUGUCGUUUAUAUCAGUCAACCAAUAACAGAAUGCCACUUUGAGAAUCAAAGAUCCAUAGUAUCAUCUCGGAAAACAGCCAGAAAGAGUACUAGAGGAUACUUUUUCAAUGGUGAUUGUUGUGAGCUGCCAACUGUUCGCACACUGGCUAGAAACUUACACUCCCAGGAAAAAGAAAGCUGCCCAACACUGGUGUCAGAGGCAGUAGUUACUUCCAAGGAAACCCUUACAAUUUCAGCCCCUAAACUUACAACCGAUGUGCAACUUCCUAGAGAAGACAGCCCUGAAGAACCUAGUGAGGAAAUCACCUCCCUCAAGGAAGGAGGCAGAAAUAUUUCAUCUGAAAAUGAAUCUCAAGAGCCUGAAAUGGAUGACCUGAGUCAGAACAGUUCUCCCAGGUCUAAGGAAAUGGCAGCCUCCAGCCCUUCACACCUCACUGAAAAGAGCAUGUCAAAAGAAAGCUCCACAGUUUCAGCUCUGACAACAAGCAGGCUAUCUUCCCAGGAACAAGACCAACAACCAGUUAAACUGAUGGAUGCGGAGGAGAUGAGUGCUCCCCAAAGCUAUAACCUGAUUUCUUCUACUGAGAGCUUUUUUGAGGGAAGCAAUGAAGAUGUUCUUUCUUCUAAAAUAGUCAGUGAAGAGGAAAAUCCUCUGUGUUCCAAAAAGCAAAGUGUCCCAGUGGACUUGGAGCUUCCUGUGAGUCUGGGAAAGACUGAGGACAGUGAAAGGAUCAGUUCUGAGGCCAAGAUUGAAGACACUCAGGAGCUCAAUACUCACCUAUGCUUGAAGAAAAAAGUGUUUACUAAUGAAAACUCUGGUGAAGUUGUGGAAAGUGAGGCGGCAGGUGACACAGGAAAGUUAGAAGGAGAAGGGAGUGAUGUCAGAUAUCCUUCAGAAAAAGAUGUGUGUGAUCAAAACACUGACUCUCCUGAAGAGAAUUUGGACAAGAAGAAAAAAGGUAAAAAAUUCCCUGAGGCAUCUGAUAGGUGCCUAAGAAGUCAGCUCUCAGACUCUUCUCCUGCUGAUAGGUGUGUAAGAAAUCAAAUUUUAGAUUCUUUAUCUGUUUGUUCUGAGAUCAAAGUUUCUAAAAAUAUUACAAAGCGUUCCAAAAAAGAGGGAUACCCUAGUGGGACAGCAUCUGAUGACUUGCUGACAGGCAAUAUCCAUACAAAAGCUCUGGGGGACACUGAAAACCCAAAUGUCUAUGAAAAUUCUUAUGAGAAAGAUGCUGAGCAGGAGAGUGAUGGAGUUGGGAUCAUCACCAGGCAGACUUUCAAAAACAUGUUGGCAAAAGAAAUCAAGUUAGAAAAAGGAGAGAUACUCCCUAACAGUGAUCCUGUCAACACAAUUGGCCAGCCCCUGCCUGAAGAGAAACUAGAAAUAGGUUUUCAGUCUAAGUUAACUAUGAAAAAUGCUCAAUCCUCCUUUGAAAGUAUUUCUUGUAAGAGGGAACUAGAGCAAUCAAGAGAAAAGCCAGGGCAUACUCCUAUCCAAGACGUGGAGGAAGUUUAUAACUGUGAGGUAGACAGUGAAAACCUCCAGCAUGAUGUACCAUCUAGCUCACUUGGCUUGUCAUGUAGUGGUGAUGCUGCUGGACCACCACAGCUGAUAUCAAGGCCUAAGAGGUUGACCUCUUCAACCUACAACCUAAGACAUGCUCAUUCUCUGGACUCCUUGGAUACUACAAAAGUGACUUCAGAAAAGGAAGCUGUACUAGUAAACCCAGUGCCAAAGGAAAUUGAAGCUUCACAGAGUGGAGAACCCAUAGAAGAGGAUGAUAUGGAAGCAGUCGUAGACGACCAACCAAAAUUUGUGGAAUGGUGUGCUGAGGAGGAGAACCAGGAGCUUAUUGCCAACUUCAAUGCCCAGUACAUGAAAGUGCAGAAGGGUUGGAUCCAAUUGGAGAAAGAAGCGCAACCAACACCAAGAGCAAAGAACAAGUCAGACAAACUAAAGGAGAUUUGGAAAAGCAAGAAAAGGUCACGGAAAUGCAGGGGCUCAUUGGAAGUUCAAAAGUUUUCUCCUGUUCAGACACUAUUUAUGAGCAACUUUAAAUUAUCUAAUGUUUGCAAAUGGUUCUUAGAGACAACUGAAACCCGAUCUCUGGUCAUUGUCAAGAAGCUCAAUACUCGCCUUCCAGGAGACACCCCUCCUGUUAAGCAUCCUCUUCAGAAAUACUCUCCUUCCAGCCCAUAUCCAAGUUCACUGCAGGCUGAACGCUUGAAAAAACACUUAAAGAAAUUCCCUGGAGCAACUCCUGUUAGGAAUAAUUGGAAAACACAGAAGCUGUGGGCUAAAUUUCGAGAGAAUCCAGAUCAAGUGGAGCCAGAGGAAGGCAGUGAUGUCAGCCUCUGCCCUAACUCGGAAGGUAGCAUAGAGGAAGUCAAGGAAGAGAGAAAUAACCACCCUCCCACAAACUCGCCUACUCCAGCCAGUACCCGAAUCCUUAGAAAGUAUUCCAACAUCCGAGGAAAGCUCAAGGCCCAACGGCGUCUGAUCCAAAAUGAGAAACCAGAAAGCCCACUUGGUGUAGCUGGGGAGAGUAGACAGAAUCGUAAGAGUGUGUGCAUCAACCCUAUGUUGUCUCCCAAGCUUGCCCUUCAGGUCGAUGCAGAUGGGUUUCCCAUCAAGCCCAGGAAUGCUGAGGGAGGGAAGGGGAGGAAAGGGAAGCAGUUCUGUGGAAGCUUGCCCACAGUAGAAGUCCAGAACAAGAGAAAGAGAGCAGAAGGAAGCACUCAGGACAAAUCUCUUCCCUCUGGUAAGGAAAAGGGACCCACAACAAAAGCUAACAAAGACAAACAUAUUGAUGGAUCCACCAAAACCCCUGCUGCCAAGAAACCAGCUACAAAAGACAAAAUCAGCCAGGUGCCCAAAAAGAUCUCUUUGAAAGAAAAUAAAGUGAAGAUCCCUAAAAAGUCUGCUGGGAAGGGCUGCCCUCCCUCCAAGAAAGAAAAAGAGAAUACCCAUAAGAGACCUGCUCAGCCCACUGUUUCAGAAACAUUGACUAAACCUGCAAAGCAAAAAGGGACUGGAGAAUCUUGUUCAAAGCCACAGAAAUCCACGAAUAGGAAGCAGAGCAGUGGGAAGAAUCGGGCCAGAUCCUUGACGAAAAGCCCAGAGAAUAGUGCUGCCCAGAGAAAGCGAAAGCUGAAGGCAAAGCUGGACUCAUUCCACAGCAAACGGAGACGACUGGAAGCUAAAUGA